UCCUCGAUCGGGCUGCACGUAAAGCCCUGCCGCUCCCCCGAAGGUCCCAGUUAGGAUCCUCGACAAAAAAUUAAGCAACUUACCGGACUAUCCCCAGUGCAUUCAAAUAGCCAUCUAUGGAAGAACAUAUUCUCAAUUUUGCCCCGUUUUACAUUCUCACCUGCGACGCUUGACUGACCCUGAUGUCAUUUACCUCGAAUUACACCUCCCUCGUCUUCGACAUCGGAGACGUUUUGUUCUCUUGGUCCCCGCAGACCAAAACCUCUAUAUCACCAAAGGCUCUACGUAAAAUUCUGACCUCUCCCACAUGGAUCGACUACGAGAGGGGGAAGAUUUCUCAAGCCGAAUGUUACGCUAGGGCCGGCAGCGAAUUCUCUAUAGACCCCACAGAGGUUGGUCGUGCGUUUGAAGAUGCUCGUGACUCGUUGCAGUCCAAUGAAGACCUCAUCUCGGUCAUUCGACACCUCAAAGCACGCUCGAAUGGAAUGCUACGUGUGUUCGCCAUGUCAAACAUCUCUGUGCCUGACUAUGAAGUUCUCCGUACCAAGCCUGUCGACUGGUCGUUGUUCGACGACAUCUUCACCUCUGCUGCGGUGGGUGAGCGGAAGCCAAACCUUGGCUUCUACAAGGCAGUGCUUUCGAGCACGGGGGCUGAUCCCUCCCGCACCAUCUUUGUGGACGACAAAAUAGAGAAUGUCCUAUCCGCGCGUUCGCUAGGAAUGCACGGUAUUAUUUUCGAUGAUCACCGUAAAGUCAUCCGCGCGCUUUAUAACCUACUCGGAGAUCCUGUCGAAAGGGGGAGACAGUACUUGACGUUGAAUGCCAAGAAACUCCAAUCCGUAACUGACAGCGGCAUUCUUUUGCGGGAGAACUUCGCUCAGCUCCUGAUAUUAGAGGCGACUCAUGACCCGAGUCUUGUUGAUUUAACUGAUACACCUCGAACUUGGAAUUUCUUUCAAGGGAAGCCACUGCUUACUACCGAAGAGUUUCCCUUUGACUUGGAUACCACUUCCCUCGCGUUGACCGUAAUGAACAGCCCUGAGGACGUCGCACACCCAAUCAUGGAUGAAAUGCUUGAUUACAUCGAUGAUGACGGAAUUAUCCAGACAUACUUUGACCACCGCCGACCUCGGUUUGAUCCGGUCGUCUGCGUCAAUGCACUCACAUUGUUCUAUUCUUAUGGACGUGGUCACCAGCUCAACCGUACCCUUCACUGGAUACACAAGGUGCUCCUGCAUAGAGCUUAUGUCGAUGGCACACGAUAUUACACGACCCCGGAGUGUUUCCUUUAUUUCCUUGGCCGACUGCUUGAGAUCAGCAACGACGUCUACUUGGCAGCCUAUUUAAAGCCAUUGCUGAUUGAACGUGUUCAAGAGCGCAUAGGGGCCGAGGGUGACGCUUUGGCACUCUCCAUGCGCCUCCGGCUUUGUGCCUACCUUGGAUUGCGCAACGAUGUUGAUCUUCGCCUUCUGUUGCCUUUGCAAUGCGAAGAUGGAGGCUGGGAAAUCGGAUGGAUCUAUAAAUAUGGGUCCACCGGUAUCAGUAUCGGAAACCGCGGUCUCACAACGUCCCUGGCCGUGAAAGCCAUCCUGGAGAUGCAACACUUCCCAACUCCCCCUCAUCACCAGCACCAGCACCAACAGUUUCCCUCGCCAAGCAGGCUUACAUUACUGCCUAAUCUCCUCUUAGGCGCUUUUUGUAUCGCAAGAGCAAGUCUUCAUUCACUGGUAGCUCUAUUGCAACGAACACGUUUUCCGUACCAGUGACCGUAUCUAUUCUGAAAUCACGGAUGGAAUAAUGAAAGUCGCGGAUGAGGCAGGGUUUCGACGCUAGAUUUUCCUCCAUUGCUCGGGAGCACUUCGCUUUUCUUCACUGUCCAAAUGCUUUUUAAACAAGUAGAACACAUCAAUCCCUCUCACAUCGUCAUUGACGGGCCCCACAGACCGCUCAUAUAUUAAAAACAACCCGUUCAAACACAUACCAGCACUGGUGUACUUUUCUUUGUAAAAAUCACAUUUAUUGUCCUCUUAUGCACUUACAGUACUUAUUACUUGCUUGUUUAUGUAUCGUCGGAUACCAGUGGGCUUUCUUUCUACUUAGAACCCUUGCAUUAUCAUAGCGGAACCGUGCGCUGACAUGCUACAGGAUGCUACUGACAUCGACUUGGUCAAGGAGUCAUGUGCAUGUUAGUCGUGCGACUUGUCCCUUUCUACGAAGACGGGACUUCCCAGCAGACCUGAGCGACCUGGCAAUCAUUAAUCA